GCUGAGGCGGGGAGCGCGCGGGAAACCGGGGGAUAUAAACGGUGGCGGGAGGCCGCUGCCCGGGUCCUUUCUCCGGAAUCAAGGUCCUCCUUCCCCGAGUCUCUCUCAGCCCGCGGCCAUCAGACAUGGUGCGGACUAAAGCGGACAGCGCCCCGGCCACCUACAGAAAAGUGGUGACUUCCCGAGCCCCCCGCAAGGUGCUCGGUGCCUCCUCCUCAGCCCCCAACUCCGGGUCUCCUUCCUCAAGAAGAGGUGAAAGUAAGUAUGCGGGCGGCAAUCCAGUGUGCGUGCGUCCGACUCCCAAGUGGCAAAAAGGAAUUGGAGAAUUCUUCAGUCUGGCUCCUAAAGAUUCUGAAAAAGAGAACUGGAUUCCUGAAGAUUCAGAAAGCAGCUGCUUAGGAAAAGCAAACAGAAAAGCUGGUGCUUUGCAGCCCGAUCACACAGAUGGUGAAAAAGAAUAGAACUUUCUUAUUCAUCCUUGACUAAUAUCUCCUGUUCACCAUGGUAUUCCAGGAUGUAAAUCUGCAUAAAUAUAAUUGUUCCUUCUAAUUUUGUUGAAUAGACAUUUAAUUUCUAGCAUGAGCCUCUUACUGUUAGUUAUUUGAAAGCAAGCCUUUAGGAUAUUGGAGAGUUUGUAAGAUUAUUCAUGGUUGCUUUGCUUAGUAUUCAAUGUAAUAUUGUCACUUGGUUUUGCUUACUUGUUAUUAACUUUUUAUUCUUACUAAAAAAAAAAAAAUCACUGCAUGAUGUUCUAAUGACAGAUUUUCUGUAGAAGGGUCAGGGAGCUAGCAUCAUAAUGACUCUCAAGUCCGAGACUGGAACAUCAGGUGCAGUCCUGGACGCCACCACACCAGAGCUAAGUAGUGCUCUGGUGAAAGAAAGGACACCUCUUUGGCUUUUGAGAUUUGCUUACAUCUUUUUGUCCAACUGCCAUUUUUCUUGACACUGGCUAUUGGAUUAGUGUCAUCUUAUAUUUCUCCUAUUUGUUUUUAAAAGCAGUUGGAUUUUUGCAUGUUAAGAAAUCAGUAUUAAUUAAACUGAACAUAUAUACUCUUUUAGAAAGAAAUGGGCCAAAGAUGCAAUGUUGAAAACAAAUUAGAAAGGUUUUUUUUUUUUAGAAUAUGCAUUUGAUUCAGUAUCAGAAUUUUACCCUUUGGGACUAUACUUUAAAAACUGAAAAUCAGGUUAAGUGCACAUGGCGGGAAGCGCAUGGAUCUGUAUCAGGAUCCUGGUUCGAGGCCCCCCCCCCCCCCCCGCGCGCUCCCCACCUGCAGGGGAGUCGCUUCCCAGGUGGUGAAGCAGGUCUGCAGGUGUCUGUCUAUCUUUCUCUCCCCCUGUUUUCCCCUCCUCUCUCCAUUUCUCUCUGUCCUAUCCAAUAAUAAUAAUCACAACGAUGAUGAUAAACAAUAAGGGCAACAAAAGGGAAAAAUGAAUAAAUAAAGUUUAUUUUACAAAACCCUGAAAAUCAUAGAACAUGCAAGGCAAAUCAUGUCCUAAACCCAGAGCUAUGUCUAAGUCCUUCUAGCUACCACUGCGUUUCAGUUGAAGUGCUCUUUCCUCACAUUACUGAGUAGCUUUGAUUCUUGCCUCCUCGUCACUGUUUGCUCACUAAUGUGAUCCUGUUGUCAAAAGUAAUCCUGUUUUAAUAGGCAUUUUUUUUUCUGGUUUGUAUUUACUAACACAAUGCUUACUUUCACCAUCGAUUUCUCCAUGUGUGUAUUUCCUAAGGUUAUAUCCUACUAGAUCUAUUUCAUUUGUUUUAGACAUAAAUCAGUAAUCACUAAAAUGAGUCCUGAUGAUAAUAUAUUUUGUUUUGUCUUUUGAGAUGGGCACUUAAAAGCGUGCUAUUGACUUGCUAGCAGACUUUUAGCCUAAAUGCUGAUUUGAUAGCUAGACGUAUUAGAGUAAUUCAAACUAUGUCUAUUAAAACCAAGUUCUGAUGAGUCUGAAACAUGACUUUGCUAUUUUCACUGGUGAAGAGACCAAUCUAAACAGUGAAGUCUAAUUUAGGUAUGUAAGUGUUUCUAAAUGUUUGACCUUAGUGACAGUCUCAAGUGCACCAUAUUUGAUUAUGUCUAGUUUUUACUAGGCUGGGGACCUAUGUAAUCUUUUUUUUGUAAGUUAUUAAAAAUGAAGAUUGACUGACUACCUAGCCUCUUUGCUUUCAGAUGUAUGAAAAGCACAGGCUUCCUAUUCCCAAGGAAACUGAAUUUUAAAAAAAUGUAUACAUUAAAAAGUAUUAAACCAAA